AUCAUCUUAAGGGAUCUGUCAAAUGCCAUCGGUCAAUCAGCCUUUCUCCCAAAUUCUGGUGCCCCCGCAGACCAUCCAAGCAUGAAGAACUGUCACCAACCCACAUUAACUUGCCGUAGCACUUGUCCAAGUGUUAUUUGGCCUCAGCAAGCCUAGACCACCAAGGCGUCCGUCCCGACGGUGUCACAGAGAAGCCUGAGCGACAUGUCCAGGGCACAGAUCCCGGCUCUGGUGGCUGGCGUGGGCGGCUUUGGAGCGCUGGUGGCUGCCACGGCGUCCAAUGAGUGGAAAGUGACCACGCGAGCAUCCUCGGUGAUAACCGCUACUUGGGUCUAUCAGGGCCUGUGGAUGAACUGUGCUGGGAACGCCCUGGGCUCUUUCCACUGCCGGCCCCACUUCACGAUCUUCAAAGUAGAAGGUUAUAUCCAGGCAUGUAGAGGGCUUAUGAUCGCAGCUGUCAGCCUGGGCUUUUUCGGGUCCAUAUUUGCCCUGUUUGGAAUGAAGUGCACCAAAGUCGGAGGCUCGGAGAAAGCCAAAGCUAAAAUUGCUUGUUUGGCGGGGAUUGUAUUCAUCCUGUCAGGGCUGUGCUCAAUGACUGGCUGUUCCCUGUAUGCAAACAAAAUCACAACGGAAUUCUUUGAUCCUCUCUUCAUGGAGCAAAAGUACGAAUUAGGAGCCGCUCUAUUCAUUGGCUGGGCAGGAGCCUCACUCUGCAUAAUUGGUGGUGUCAUAUUUUGCUUUUCAAUAUCUGACAACAACAAAACACCCAGGAUGGGCUACUCUUACAACGGGGCCACGUCUGUCAUGUCUUCUAGGACAAAGUAUCACGGCGGAGGAGAUUUUAAACCCACAAACCCUUCGAAACAGUUUGAUAAAAAUGCUUACGUCUGAAAGCUGUCUUGAGUUUGUUGUAAAAGUGAACUGUUCACAAAAUGAUCCCAGGGGUCCCUCCGAUAAUUAACACUCGAAACUAUUUUUAAAAAUAUGAAUUUGGAGAAUUGGUUGAUUGUGUGGAUGUAAAUGUUCUUGACAGAGUUACUAAUCAUUUUCUGUUGUGGCUUUCUAUAAAAAAAAAUAAACAUUAUUUACAG